AUGAUUAACAUAUCAGUGCUGGAGCUCGACGGAGGAUCAACACACUCACAUCCUGUCAAGGGAUCAGGGACGCGUUCGGUCAGCGAGGCUCGAGCUCGACACAGGAUCAACACACUCACAUACUGCCAAGGGAUCAGGGACGCGUUCGGUCAGCGAGGCUCGAGCUCGACAACAGGAUCAACACACUCACAUACUGCCAAGGGAUCAGGGACGCGUUCGGUCAGCGAGGCUCGAGCUCGACACAGGAUCAACAAACUCACCCACUGUCAAGGGAUCAGGGACGCGUUCGGUCCAGCGAGGCUCGAGCUCGACACAGGAUCAACACACUCACAUUCUGUCAAGGGAUCAGGGACGCGUUCGGUCAGCGAGGCUCGAGCUCCACACAGGAUCAACACACUCACAUCCUGUCAAGGGAUCAGGGACGCGUUCGGUCAGCGAGGCUCGAGCUCGACGGAGGAUCAACACACUCACAUUCUGUCAAGGGAUCAGGGACGCGUUCGGUCCAGCGAGGCUCGAGCUCGACACAGGAUCAACACACUCACAUCCUGUCAAGGGAUCAGGGACGCGUUCGGUCAGCGAGGCUCGAGCUCGACGCAGGAUCAACACACUCACAAACUGUCAAGGGAUCAGGGACGCGUUCGGUCAGCGAGGCUCGAGCUCGACGCAGGAUCAACACACUCACAGGCUGUCAAGGGAUCAGGGACGCGUUCGGUCAGCGAGGCUCGAGCUCGACGGAGGAUCAACACACUCACAGGCUGUCAAGGGAUCAGGGACGCGUUCGGUCAGCGAGGCUCGAGCUCGACACAGGAUCAACACGCUCACAAACUGUCAAGGGAUCAGGGACGCGUUCGGUCAGCGAGGCUCGAGCUCGACACAGGAUCAACACACUCACUUUCUGUCAAGGGAUCAGGGACGCGUUCGGUCAGCGAGGCUCGAGCUCGACACAGGAUCAACACACUCACUUUCUGUCAAGGGAUCAGGGAUGCGUUCGGUCAGCGAGGCUCGAGCUCGACACAGGAUCAACACACUCACAUCCUGUCAACGGGUCAGCAAUGCCCGGGCCUUAGGUCAGCAUGCUGGCAGAAAUGUGACCAGACGCACUAUCUACAAGUAACCGUCAAAUAUGAAUGAUGUAGUUUGCGGAAACCAUGCCCCCAAAUCGUUUACAAUCU